AAAUUCAAGAACGUAUCCAUUCACCUUCAGAAGGUCAAAAGUGUUCAAACUUUACUCCUCAUUUUCUUAGAGAUUUUCUGUAUUAAUUUUUUUAUAUUAAUACUAAAAGUUGUUAUUCCACAAUGGGAAGAAAAUUUAUUGUCGGAGGGAACUGGAAGAUGAAUGGUAGCAAAAAAUCCAUUUGUGAAAUUUUGGGUUUUUUGAAAAAAGGACCAAUUUGUCCCGAUGUUGAGGUUUUUAUUGGGGUUCCCUUCGUCUAUUUGGAAGAAGUGGCCAAAAACAAGCCGGAUAAUGUUAUAGUAGCCGCCGAAAAUUGUUAUAAAGUCCCCAGUGGGGCUUUUACAGGUGAAGUUUCUCCAGCAAUGUUAUUAGACAUCGGUGUUAAUUGGGUAAUCCUUGGUCACUCAGAACGUCGUCAUAUUUUCGGUGAAUCUGAUUGUUUAAUUGGAGAAAAAUGUAAACAUGCAAUCGAAAAUGGAAUGACCGUCGUAGCAUGCGUCGGUGAAACAUUGGACGAACGAGAAGGUGGUAAAACGAACGAAGUAAUCUUUAGACAACUUAAAGCGAUUGCCGAUCACAUUGGAAAAGAAUGCUGGUCCAAAAUCGUUUUGGCUUAUGAACCAGUUUGGGCUAUUGGAUCAGGGAAAACAGCCACUCCGGAUCAAGCUCAAGAAGUUCAUCAAUCAAUUAGAUGUUGGGUGAAAGAGAAUGUUGGGAAAGAUAUUGGUGAAGCAAUAAGAAUUCAAUAUGGCGGUUCAGUAACUGGAAAAAGUUGUGGUGAAUUAUCCAAAAAACCCGAUAUUGAUGGCUUUUUGGUUGGCGGGGCUUCGCUCAAACCGGAAUUUAUAACGAUUGUUAAUGCUAAAUCUUCUUAAGUCUUAAUUUUUUUGGAAUUCCGAGAAGGGGUUUACCACUGUUUAUUAAUUUUUACUCUUUUCUGGGAUAUAUUGUAUCAAUCAUGCAAUUGAUUAAUUUUAUAAUACCUUUUUACACUUAUAAAAAAUGUAUGUAAUUAAUUCCAAAAAUAAGCAAUAAAAUUUUUAUUGAUGAACACAAUAUAUUUGUUGUAUGUUGA